UACAAUUUUUUUUUUUUUUUUUUAAUUGGUUCUUUCCUCCGAUUUGAGAUUUUGCUACCUCGGAACCUCUUUCCGACAUCGUACCGUCUCGUCCGAUUAGAGCUGGUUCACCUUCUCCGACGAAGCUUACUUAUACCCUCAAUUAGGGUUUCAAGGAAGACUCCCCACCCACCCAACAAUCACGUUCAGUGAAUGGUUUCGAUUGAGUUUUAAUGGUUCUUGGGGAUCUGGGAAGGGAUAAAGUUGUCUUGCCGUCUUCCGAUUUCGACCAUUGUACCUAAAGCUUUGAAUAUGGCUGAAUCCAAUGGCGGUUCCCACGAGACUUAUUCAGAUGACGAUGAGGAACAUGAGGACAACAGCAGGGGUUUUAACCUUGGAUUCAUCUUUGGAAAUGUUGAUAACUCUGGGGACUUGGAUGCUGAUUACCUUGAUGAGGACGCCAAAGAACAUCUUUCUGCAUUGGCAGAUAAGCUGGGUUCAUCUCUACCAGAUAUAAACUUGUUGGCAAAAUCAGAACGUACAACAAGUGAUCCAGCUGAGCAAGAUUAUGAUAGAAAAGCUGAGGAUGCUGUCGAUUAUGAGGAUAUUGAUGAAGAGUAUGAUGGGCCCGAAGUUCAAGUAGUUAGCGAGGAAGAUCAUUUACUACCAAAAAAGGAGUAUUUUUCGACUGCAGUUGCCUUGGGUAAUUUAACUUCCAGAGCUUCUGUGUUUGACGAUGAAGAUUAUGAUGAGGAAGAAGAACAAGAGGAGGUGCAUCCGCCAGUUGAAAAAUCUUUUGAAACUGCUAACAGGGAACCAGUUGUCUUAAAGGAAGACAAGGCCUUGGAGUAUGAGGAUAGAAAUUUGGAAACCGAGGAUCAGAUGGACACAGAAGAUGUCCAGGAGGAGGAGGUGGAUGAGUUAUUGGAAGGUACAUUGGAUGAGAAAGGCGCCGCCCCACUGCCUACGUUGUAUGUGGAAGAUGGUAUGGUCAUCUUACAGUUCUCCGAGAUAUUUGCUAUCCAUGAGCCACCACAGAAGCGCGACAGGAGAGAAAAUAGAUAUGUCACUUGUAGAGACAAAUACAAAUCUAUGAAUAUUUCUGAGCUUGUCGAAGACGAUGAGGAGGUACUCCUAAAGAGCCAUGGUAGGGUUGAUACUCAUGUAAAACAAGCUGAUCUGGUUCAGCUAGAUGUUCCCUUUCCAAUUAGAGAGGGGUUACAGCUGGUACAAGCUGGCAGAAUGGGUGGUAUCCCACCAGAAUCAAGGGAAUUUACCAAGCUAGGAAGGGAUUCAUGUAUCAUGGGUGAAAUGUUGAAGCAGGACUUAGAUGAUAAUUCAUCUCUAUGCCAGUCUCAAUUAUCGAUGGAAGUUUUUCCUCUUGACCAGCAUGAAUGGGAACAUCAGAUUCUAUGGGAGCAUUCACCUGAAAUUAGUGGUACUUCUGGUCAGGGCUGUGAAUCUGGACUUGAGCCUGAAGGUAUGCUGGUUGAUGGAACAAAUUCAGAGACUGAUCAAGAAAGCUUGAAUGUGAUGAACUCUAGAGAACAAGUUCAAGCUGACAAUAGUAUGCUUAUGCCUUUUUUUGCCAAUCUGUUGGAGUCUUUUGGCUCAAGAGGUUCCCAGUCUACAAACGAGUCCACUAACAAAAGUAGACAUCAUCCACAACUGUUACGUUUAGAAUCCCAGUGGGACGAGAAUCAUCUUAGAGCAAAUGAUGAAGCUGGAGUAGAGAAUAUAAAGCGACUUGAAAGCGAAGCUCUUGGGCGCUUUAGCAGACUUGUAUUGCGAGAGAGGGAUUUGGGGGAUGAGGCAUGGUUAGAUAGUGUAAUAUGGGACUCAGAUAAAGAGUUGAGCAGAUCUAAACUAAUUUUUGAUCUUCAAGAUGAGCAAAUGGUCUUUGAAAUUGUGGAUAAUGAGGAAACCAAAAAUCUUCAACGUCAUGCUGGAGCUAUGAUUGUAUCCCGGUCUUCAAAAUCCAAGGAUGAAGACUUUCAUGAAGGCUUUGAAUCAAAUUCUGGAUGGCAAUUUAAUAUUUCUAAUGACAAGUUUUAUAUGAAUGGAAAAAGCUCUCAGCAACUGCAAGCAAAUACUAAUAAAUCCGGCAUUCAUAGUUUGAGAGUUUUUCAUUCAGCACCAGCGAUUAAAUUGCAGACAAUGAAGAGUAAAUUGAGCAAGAGGGAUAAAAAUGGCCAGCAAUAUUGGUCAAAAAAAGAAUUGCCAGAUCCAUCUGAGAAUGAGCUGAAAAAGCUGGUGGCACCAGAGCAUGUGUGUUCCUAUGAGAGUAUGCUAGCUGGCCUGUACCGGCUCAAACAUUUAGGGAUCACCCGGUUUACAUUACCUGCCAGCAUAUCAAAUGCAUUGGCUCAGCUCCCAGACGAAGCUAUUGCUCUUGCUGCUGCAUCACAUAUUGAGAGGGAGUUGCAGAUCACUCCAUGGAAUCUAAGCAGUAAUUUUGUUGCUUGUACGAAUCAGGACAGAGCAAAUAUAGAGCGCUUGGAAAUUACUGGGGUUGGUGAUCCCUCUGGACGGGGUCUAGGAUUCAGCUAUGUCAGAGCUGCACCAAAAGCACCAGCUGCAGCCGGGCAUAUGAAGAAAAAGGCAGCAGCCGGUCGUGGAGCCCCAACUGUCACUGGUACAGAUGCUGAUCUUCGCAGAUUAAGCAUGGAAGCAGCUCGAGAGGUACUUCUUAAGUUUAAUGUCCCCGAUGAGAUAAUUAUCAAGCAAACUCGAUGGCACCGUAUAGCUAUGAUACGGAAACUAUCAAGUGAGCAGGCUGCAUCCGGUGUUAAGGUUGACCCUACAACCAUAGGCAAGUAUGCUCGUGGCCAGAGAAUGUCUUUUCUGCAGAUGCAACAGCAGGCCCGAGAAAAGUGUCAGGAGAUUUGGGACAGGCAGCUUUUGUCCCUUUCAGCUUUUGAUGGUGAUGAGAAUGAAAGUGAAAAUGAGGCGAACAGUGACUUGGACUCCUUUGCUGGAGAUCUGGAAAAUCUACUUGAUGCUGAGGAAGGUGGGGAGGGGGAAGAAUCUAAUAUGUCUAAGAAUGACAAGUUGGACGGAGUUAAGGGUCUCAAGAUGAGACGGCGGCCAUCUCAAGUUGAGACAGAUGAAGAAAUUGAAGAUGAAGCUACUGAAUAUGCAGAGUUAUGCCGAUUGCUGAUGCAAGAUGAGGAUCAGAAGAAGAAAAAGAAGAAGAUGAAAGGUGUGGGAGAGGGAAUGGGAUCCUUUCCUCCUCCACGACCCAAUGUAGGUUUUCAGAUUGGUGAACCGUUACGAAAGGCCAUUGCCAUGGAGAAGAAACCUAUUGCCAUCCAACCUGUCCAACCUGAUGUAUCUUUCUUUGUAAAUGAGAGCACCGUGAAAGACAUCAGAAAUGUUGAUAUCCCAAUUAUAAAGACCCCCAAAAGUAAACAGGUGAAAGAGAACAGCAAUUCUUUGGGCCAGCUGAGGAAGGUCAAAAUACUGAACGAAAACCUAAAGGUAUUCAAGGAAAAGAAAUCAGCGAGAGAGAACUUUGUUUGUGGAGCCUGUGGUCAGCAUGGGCACAUGAGAACCAAUAAACACUGCCCAAGAUACAGAGAAAAUACAGAAUCACAACCUGAAGGCAUAGAUAUGGAGAAGUCUGCAGGAAAGCCAAGUACUUCAGAACUAUCAGGUCAGCCCAAGCUAAAACCUAUUAAGAACAGCAAGGCUGCAUCAAAAAGUACAAUAAAAACUUCUGAUGAAGUUCCAAAGGGAGAUAAUUUAACUGCCAAAACUGGGGGUCUUCCUAGGAAGUUUAGAUAUGGUAUCCCCACUGGAGAGCUGUCAGAUAAACCUGUUUCUGAAGCUCCCGGAAGUUCAGAGCAAGCAGUGGUGUCUGACAUAGACACUGGGACUAAGUCUACAUCUAAGAUCAGCAAACUGAAGAUUUCAAGUAAGGCAAAACCUAAAGAAAAGGUUGAAACUGAUAGACCUCCGUAUCCAUUGAUGCCUACAUUUAGUAGAGAGAGAGGGGAGAGCGAACCACACAAGCCUUCUGUUUCUGGACAACCUUUGUCUAGUACAGAGAGAAAUCAGGCAGCCUCAAGCAGGCACACUAUUUCUAUUCCGCGGCCAUCAUUAAGCAUGGACACAGAUCAAGCUGAAUCACGCAGGCCUCAUCUCGUGAUACGACCGCCAACAGAAAGAGAACAGCCUCAGAAGAAACUUGUUAUAAAACGUUCGAAGGAGAUAAAUGAUCAUGACAUGAGUAGUCUUGAGGAGAGUCCACGGUUUGAAUCCCGUAAAACAAAAAGAAUGGCAGAACUGGCAGGUUUUCAGAAGCAGCAGAGCUUCAGAUUGGCAGAGAACUCCCUAGAGCGGAGACCAAAAGAGGAUAGAGUAUGGUGGGAGGAAGAGGAGAUAAGUACGGGAAGACAUAUGGAAGUAACGACGAGAAGAGAUUAUGAUGAUAUGACUGUAUCAGAAGAACCCAAUGAGAUAGCUGAGAUCAGAAGAUACGAAGAGGUAUUAAGGAGUGAGAGGGAGGAAGAGGAACGACAAAAAGCCAAGAAGAAAAAAAAGAAAAAGAAGCUGCAACCCGAAUUAGUAGAAGGGUAUCUAGAAGAUUAUCCUCCUCGGAGAAACGAUAGAAGAUUGCCGGAAAGAGGGCGGAACGUCAGAAGCCGCUACGUCUCCGACUUUGAAAGAGAUGGUGCAGAGUAUGCACCUCAACCAAAACGACGCAAAAAAGGAGAGGUUGGCCUAGCAAACAUCUUGGAACGCAUAGUGGACACACUAAGACUUAAAGAGGAAGUGUCACGCCUCUUCUUAAAACCGGUUUCCAAGAAGGAGGCUCCGGACUAUCUUGCUGUUGUGAAACGCCCGAUGGAUCUCUCGACAAUCCGGGAUAAGGUACGGAAAAUAGAGUACAGAAACCGAGACCAGUUUAGACACGACGUCUGGCAGAUCACAUACAAUGCCCACCUUUACAACGACAGACGUAACCCAGGCAUACCGCCUUUGGCAGAUCAGUUGCUCGAGAUUUGUGAUUACUUGUUGGAUGAUUAUGAAGUUCAGUUAUCAGAAGCAGAGAAAGGUAUAGUAGAUCCUAAUGACUGAGAGAGAAUUGUAAGAUAGAAUCUGUAUCCCCUCUUUAUAGUCCCCCAAAAUGGGUUUCUUAGCUUAGCUAAUGAUUUGUACGAAUAGAAAACAUUCCCAUGUUUGUGUUGUAAAGCCGAAGUAAUGAAAAAGAAAAAAGAAAUCGUUAUUAUUUUUUUU